AGGUUUUGGAGGUGGGGAGAGACUGUAUUUGCUGUGAGGCCUUUGAUUGGAAGAAUGCCGGUGAGGAGCUCAGACUGCAGCAUGCAACAACUGGGGCGGCUGAGGCUGAGGCCGUGGCUGGAGGAGCAGAUUCAGUCUGGGAGGUAUCCGGGAGUCAGCUGGCUGGACCAGUCAGCGCGAAUCUUCCAAAUCCCCUGGAAGCACGCUGCUCGUCAUGGCUGGAGCAUUGACAGAGAUGCUACGCUCUUCAGGAGUUGGGCCAUGCACACUGGACGGUACCGCCCCGGCAAAGACAAACCAGAUCCCAAGACAUGGAAGGCAAAUUUCCGCUGUGCCUUAAACUCUCUGCCCGACAUCUGUGAGCUGCGGGAGCACAGCAGGAAGAAAGGCAACAAUGCCUACAGAGUGUACAGGAUGCUGCCCAACCCACAAACACACAGACGCAGGAGAGGGCUGCGAUUUUUCAGCAGACCCCGGGAAAGACAGACCAGCUUAGGAACAUGUGCAUACGAUGACGCGUACAGCACACACACUUGGCAACACGCAACAACAAGAUCCAUUUCAGACACACCACAGAAGGAAGAGACUGCUGCAGAAGACACAUUAAGCAGCCCUCAGCCACACGGUGAGGAAGGGAUGUGGGAGGCCAAAACCGAAGACCAGGAACAGAAUGACGCUGUCUUUAAGCUGAUGGACCACUUAAGCAACGCAGACCUGUGGAACCAGACAGCGGAGCAGAGAGGAUGGAGAACUCACACUUUGUGGGACCACUGGCACUGUGCAGGCGACGAUAACCCGUAUUCUCUGCACACCGAGAGCUACAGCGAUCUGUUCUGUCCAAACUACGUCAAAGAACUCUCCGACUGGUCGGCACAUCAGCAGACUCUGCUGCCGUAGCUGUGCAUCAGCAACACUUCUCCUUCCCUUUGUGUUUACCACAUAUUUGUUUAAAGGCUGGUUUUCCUUGACGCUUUCUUUCUAAACCUCAGCUGUUUUCCUCCUACUGUCUUUCUGCUGACCACUGAAAGAAAGAAACAAGAGAAGGCGAGAGGACAGAGAAUAAUGCUCCGUCAGUCAGUCAGUCAGUCAGUCAGGCGGCCGGCCGGUCGUCCUCUCUGCUGAGCGUGCUGAGGUGAAGAUCUUAUUCCAAGCCAAGCUUUCCCUCUUGUCAUCGCCACUUGCAUUCGAUAUAUUUCAGUGCCUCAAACAAGCUGAAAUGACACCAAGCCCGCACCACAGUUUUCAGAGAAAACAGAUCUCAUUUCGCUUCAGUGCAGCAUCAGUUAUUACUCUCCUACUUCAUUGAAUAUGACUGGAAGUUUAUGUAAUGUACAGUAAAUGAAGUGCAGAACAAAGAGGCAGCACACGGACUGAUUUGUAGGUUUGUGUUUGAACUUGCUUUGCCAUCAGGAAGCUGAAAUAAGCUGCAUGAUAGUAUGUAUAUUUUUAUAUGAUGUGUGUGUUUUUUUUGUUUUUACAGUUUUCACCAUGAGAUACUACAGUUUGGCAUUUUUUUUCAUUUUUUAGGCAGCAGAUGUCAGUUUGUCUUGUAUGGUCCUGUACAACCUAUUUUAUGUUUGUCUUGUAUUUUGAACAGAAGUGUGUGAGUCUUUAUAUCCUGUGUAUAUAAUGAAAAUAAAAAUAAGCUUAUAAUAAA